CGAGAAGCCUCGCUUGCUUUCAUUCUGGGCGGAAUUUACUACCACACCACCCGAUGUGAAUAGAUAUUCCAACAUCGGCUCUUUCAUUUGGACAUGGAAGGCAAAAUGUGGUAUGCUCGGCAUGCCACUCAGCUGACCCCAUUGUGCGCUAUUUUGUUGACUUGAUUUCGGUCAUUCAGCCCAGGGCCACCAAAAAAAACUAUUCUAAUUUAUGUCCGCUUGAAGGCAACAUGUCAAUGAACAAGAGCCCAUUUGUAUAAACAGGCCAUCGCAGCCAUGUACAAAUACGCAGAGGACAUUUCUCUUUUUCACUCCAACCCCCUCUCGAAUAGCUGUGUCUGUCUGCAUAUAUAUUUUCUUGCAACCAUACAAUAUGUACAUUACAUAUAUGCUAUACAUGAUUGUUGCCACGUGUGUCUUUGCACGCCCCAUGCCGCAAAAUACGGCCAAAGGCGCGGCAAAAUACCCUGGAGGAUACCCGUGGGACAUGGUCCAGCACCCAGUGCUCUGCGACCCGAGUGUGCAGCAGAGCAGCGGAUACAUCAGCGUCUCCAGCCGUACCAAACACCUAUUCUACUGGUUCUUUGAAUCACGCACACCCUCACACAGCAACACCCCGGUGAUUCUCUGGCUGAACGGCGGGCCGGGAUGCAGCUCCAUGACUGGACUUUUGACAGGAAUCGGGCCCUGCCGCGUUACUUCGGACGGACACAGCACGACUUGGAAUCCGUUUGGGUGGAACAAGGACGCGCAUUUGCUGUUUUUGGACCAGCCGGCGAACUCUGGAUAUUCGUAUGGCGCCAAUGUCACCAGCACGUGGGAUGCGGCCAGCGAUGUGGCAGAGUUCUUGCAGACCUUCUACCAAAAGUUUCCGCAGUACCGGGGCCCCUUGCAUGUGAUGGGCGAAAGCUACGCAGCCCACUACGUGCCGGCCAAUCGCCGCCCAGCUGCUUCUGGACAGCAACACAUACACGCCGUUGACGAGCAUUGCGGUCGGCAAUGGGCUGUUUGAUAUUGCCAGGCAGUUUGCGUUUUUGCCACAGAUGGCCUGCAAUUCCACCGUAUGCGACACAGCUCUCGGACGCGCAGUGCCUACAGAUGCAGGACGCAAACAAGUUGUUCAUGAGCGUGCUAAAGACUCACCAGAAUAGCCCAAAUGUGAGCUCUGUAGAGGAUGCAACACGCGCUGCGUAUAAUAUAUUGCAGCCGUACGAAGACGCUGGCGGG